CUGGUUCAAGGGACGGGGCCACCAUCCGAGGAUACAAUAGCACUUUAAUUUUUUUGUUUUUAAGGAUGUCUUGCAAUCAGUCUCUGUACGGUAGUUUUCCUCCAUCUCCAUCGGAGGACAGGGGCUCACAGCGGCUGUCCUGGAGCAGUUUGCUUCACAAGCUGACAGAGCUGAAGGGACACAAUCAGAGGGUGACAGAAGAUCAGUACUGCAGGAGUGAAUCUGGAUCUAUGACAGAUCUGUCAGAGUUAGACAUCAGCUCCUUCUUCUAUCCUCUGGAGGAGACCUUGGCUGCAGACGUUGUGACUGCCAUUGCACAUAGUCUCAGUGAUGCAUCGCACACCAGCUUGGAUUGCUCCAAACUCAUCCUCCCUGACUGCCUGCUACACAAUAUCAGCCAAGAGCUGCUCCACUUGGCCGCGAUAGAGCCUUGUGGUCUCAGGGGAGCGCUCAUCGACCUGUGCGUUGACAUGGGGAAACAGGACUCCCCAUGUACUGUGGAUCAAAUAGCAGUAGAUCCAUCCCUUGUCCCAACUUUCCAUGUGACACUGGUGCUGAGGGUGGAGUCCAGUGGACUGUGGCCAAAAGUUCAGAAGCUCUUCAAAAGUAGCAAACCAGCACAGACAUCCUCAUCGUCUCCGAAGCACCACGACACCCUGAAGCUGAGCACAAGUUUCAGGGCUAUCAAGAGGAAACUGUACAGUUCAGCCGCACUGCUGGUUGAGGAGUGCUGAUCGCUGAGCACUCCUGUCUCUGAUAAGCUGAACUCUAAAGAAACUGUAAAGAAGCUGCUAAUUAAUGCAAAAUCUUAACAAAAGCACUCUCGAGACAUAACAAUGAUGACCUGUCUGUGAUGAUGUAUGACGGGGUUAAUACUGAACUACCUUUGUCUCAUAGCAGCUACUCAUGUGGGUGCAGUGAAGAUUAGUGUUUGCACAUGGGUCAGUUUCAUUCCUGUGAAUGUGAAGCCACACCUAUAAGGGAAUGCCUUAUGUAUGUGACAUUUAAAUAUACCAACGGACACUCGUUUUGUAUUUUUUUUUUAACA